CUAUUUUCCCCGCAAGAAUGGUACCUUCCGUCUUCCUCAGAUCGGUACGCAUGCUCAUGUUAGUGCAUGUUUGACAGUCAGAACAGAAAAUGGCGAGGUUUUUAAAUACUAAUAUAAGGAAGUAUUUGGCAACACAGAUCAGGAUGUCGUCUGACCAGCUUGGAGAACUGGGUAAAGGUGCUGGUAAAGGAGGAGGUGGUGGAGGUGCUGUGAGAGAGGCUGGAGGAGCAUUUGGCAAGAAACAGGCUGCGGAGGAGGAGAUGUAUUUCAAGAAAAAAGAGCAAGAACAAUUGUCUGCUCUUAGAAAGCAUCACCAGGAAGAAAUUGAACACCACAAGAAAGAAAUAGAUAGAUUACAAAAGGAGAUCAGCCGUCAUGUGGGCAAAAUCAAAAAUCUUAAACAUGAUGACUGAGACGAUUUGAUGAAUCAAGACACAGAAGCGGUUAAAUAAUUAUAACUUUACUGUUAGUGAUCUUUGUUUUCACCUACAUAAUCAAAUAUGUUUUAUAUGACAUAAUAUUCAAAAAAACUGACAGGUAUGAUAUCUGUUGCCAUGCCAUUUUUCUUCCUGAUAAUAAACAUAAAUAUUGUUUCAAACAUGAAA